AUGUACAUUGAGAUAGAAUUACAAGAAAGAUCACGAGAAGAAACAUUUAGGCUAAAGAAAAUAAAGCAGAAUAUAAUUAAUAAAGAAUUAACUUAUUCUUAUGCCAAUAUUGAAAAAGAAAGAAGGAGAAUAAAGUGUGAAGAAGAAAUCGAAGAAGAAAAAGAAAAAGUGACAGAGGAAGAAAAAUUAGACAGAGAAGAAGCCAACAAAGAAGAUGAAGACAGUAAAAUGAAUCGUUUUGUUGGUUCUGCUAAAAACUGGACUACAGAACAUUCUAUGAGCCUAAUUUUACGAAGAAAAGAUGAAGACAGAAAAUGUUUAGAAUGUCUGGCAUUACACGUAGAUGAGAUUAUUAAAAGCCUUAUACAAAAAGGAACUUCCGAAAAGUUAAUGUUUCGAUUAUGUAACAUGUUCAAAAAAUCUAUAAAAAGCUUUAUAGGUACACCACAAAUUUUAAUGAAAACUGCUACUCUAUCCAGCAUAAGAGGAGAUAGCGCUAACUCUACAGUAAAAUCAGACCCUGCAUGUUUAUAUCCAACAAACCCAAAAGAAAUUGGAAAAGAUUUGAAACAAAUUAGUGCCGUAAGAACAACAUCUUCUCAAUAUCACUGUCUUACAUCAGACGACCACAUGAAAUGUGUGUUGGCGUCACAAUCAAAGAUGAACAUACAAAAAAAUGGAAGAGAUCUGAAACAAACAUGUUGUGUCAGAGAAACAGCAUCCGAAUAUCAAAAUCGUUGCCUUGAACUAGAUCCUCGAAUUAAAUGUGUGUCGGUGUCACUAUUAAAAAGCGAAGUAAAUUCAAGAAUGUAUUCCAUAGGUCGAAAUAAGGAAACUUUGUGUCCAGCUUGUUCUAAAAAAAUAAAAUCAGCAAGUACAUUUGAACAGAAAAUUAGUGCAAAAUCAUGUUUUUCAGAAAAAAAUAAUGGAAUAUCUGUUUGGAAAAUUCAAGAACCAUCACCUAAAUGUAACACAACAGAUUCCAGUAUGAUGACAAAGCCUUGUUUUUGGUAUUUACAAGAAAAACAGUAUAUGGUAGGAAAAAGAUUAGGCUCUAUGGAAGAUAUAUGGAGGGAAACUUGGACUUCAACUACUGAUUUGAAAUUUAUUCCUGGCCUAAUGCUCAGUAAAUCUGUUCUAAAAGGGUCCAGUAAUUUCAAAAUUGAACGAUCAACUAGUGCCAUUCAAAUACUGUUAAAACCUUCAUCGCUACAUAAAUCUGAUAGACAAAGUGCUCACAAUCUCAGAGUGCUUAAUCUGUAA